GGAAGACCAAUGAAGAACAUUCACAUCCUCCAAAAGAUGGCCACUUUAUCACUGUCAUCUUCUCUUUCCCUCGAAGCACUUGCUCCAAACUCAAUUUUCUAUUCCCUCACAAAACGCCGCCAAGUCGGGAGUACCAUCUUGGUAUUACACCACUCGAGCUUAGCUGCGUCAAGGCUAAGAUAUUUCAGGCGUAUCUCCACAGCUUCAUCCGCCUCCUUCACCGGUCUCCCCGAUACAGAUUCCUCCCACGCAGCACACGUGGAAUCUCUUGCUGAGGCUGAAAGUAGUGCGCCGAGGGAGAAAGUCAUUCUACCUACUCACGAGUCGUCUGAGAGUCUCCUCAGAAUUCGCCACACGUGUGCUCAUGUGAUGGCCAUGGCUGUUCAAAAGAUCUAUCCAAAUGCAAAAGUAACCAUUGGUCCUUGGAUCGAGAAUGGGUUUUAUUAUGAUUUUGAUAUGGAGCCUCUGACUAAUGGGGACCUCAAGAGGAUAAAGCAGGAGAUGGAUCGUAUAAUCAGAAGAAACAUGCCUGUCAUUAGGGAAGAAGUAACUAGAGCUGAAGCCCAGAAAAGAAUAAUGGCUAUAAGUGAACCUUACAAGAUGGAGAUUUUGGAUAGUAUUAAGGAGGAUCCUAUAACCAUUUAUCAUAUUGGUCAUGAAUGGUGGGAUCUUUGUGCUGGGCCUCAUGUUGAAUCUACUGGCAAUAUUGACAGGAACGCUUUUGAACUUGAAUCUGUUGCUGGUGCUUACUGGAGAGGAGAUGUAAGCAAGCCAGUGCUCCAAAGGAUUUAUGGUACAGCAUGGGAGACUGAAGACCAAUUAAAAGCAUAUACUCAUUUCAAAGAGGAAGCUAAGCGAAGGGAUCACCGCCGACUUGGCCAAGAUCUUGAUCUCUUCUCUAUUCAGGAUGAAGCUGGUGGAGGUUUAGUAUUCUGGCAUCCCAAGGGAGCUAUUGUGAGGCACAUAAUAGAAGGUGCCUGGAAGAAAAUUCAUAUGGAACGUGGGUAUGAUCUGCUAUAUACUCCCCAUGUAGCUAAGGCAGAUCUUUGGAAGAUAAGCGGCCAUGUAGAUUUCUACAAGGAGAAUAUGUUUGAUCAAAUGGAGAUUGAGAACGAGAUUUAUCAGCUUCGACCAAUGAAUUGUCCAUACCAUAUUUUGGUUUACAAAAGGAAACUACACUCGUUCCGGGAUUUCCCAAUCAGGGUUGCAGAGCUGGGAACGGUGUACAGAUAUGAGUUGUCUGGGAGCUUACAUGGCCUUUUCCGCGUAAGAGGCUUUACCCAGGACGAUGCACAUGUAUUUUGCUUGGAGGAUCAAAUGAAAGAUGAAAUAUUGGGUGUACUAGACCUUACAGAGGAAAUAUUGCAACAAUUUGGUUUUGUGAAGUAUGAGGUCAACCUUUCGACUAGGCCUGAGAAAGCUGUUGGAAAUGAUGAUAUAUGGAAAAAAGCAACUUCUGCACUUCAGGAUGCUUUGUCUGGCAAAGGGUGGAGCUAUCAGAUAGAUGAAGGAGGGGGUGCUUUUUAUGGUCCCAAGAUUGAUCUCAAAAUUGAAGAUGCUCUGGGAAGAAAGUGGCAAUGCUCCACCAUACAGGUGGACUUUAAUUUACCGGAAAGGUUUGAGAUGUCGUAUGUUGACUCAGACCAAGUGAAGAAGCGCCCAAUCUUAAUCCACAGGGCAGUUCUUGGAUCUCUAGAGCGCUUUUUCGGCAUCCUGAUAGAGCAUUAUGCUGGCGAUUUUCCUUUAUGGCUUUCUCCAAUCCAAACUCGCCUUAUACCCGUGACUAACACACAGCUUGACUUUUGUAAGGAGACGGUGAAGAGAUUAAAGGCAAGUGGUAUCCGUGCUGAUCUAUGCAGUGGUGAGCGUUUGUCAAAGCUGAUCAGAAAUGCAGAGAAGCAGAAGAUCCCAUUGAUGGCUGUGAUAGGCCCGAAAGAAGUAGAAACUAACACUAUCACCGUCAGAUCAAGAUUUGGUGGUGAAUUGGGGACCAUGCGUGUCGAUGAUUUCAUAAGGAAAGCCAAUAAUGCGAUUGAAUGCAGAACAUUCAUUUGAAUUGCAUCCUUUAUUUUUUAUUUUUUACUUCCUGGUAUCUAUGGAUUGGUAACUUGAAAUGGUGAAAUAAAGAAUUAGCAAAGCUUUGUGCGUGAUAAAUUGCUUCUUGAACAAAUCUUUUUGUACACGUCCCAUUUUGUGCGAGUCAUCGACACUUUUUUGUUUGUAAG